AUGGCGAGCAAAGAAGCUCCGAACAAACCGACUUCUGGCAUCGUGUCCUUCGUGACCGGAGGAUUUGGCGGCGUGUGUCUCGUAGCUACAGGUCAUCCUCUCGACCUCAUUAAAGUCAAUAUGCAGACACAGCCAAAACCUCUCCCGGGUCAAUCCCCCAUGUACGCCAAUGCCAUUGACUGCGCCCGUAAGAUGGUUGCCAAAGACGGGAUCCGUGGACUCUACCGUGGCAUGUCGGCGCCGCUCGUCGGUGUCACUCCGAUCUUUGCCACGUGCUUUUGGGGCUACGACAUGGGCAAGCUCAUUGCGGUCAAGGCUUCGGGGCAGUCACCUACGACUCCUUUGUCCAUGGGACAGGUUAUGUUUGCGGGUGGGUUUUCCGCCAUCCCGGCCACUGUCGUCAUGGCACCUGGUGAGCGUAUUAAAUGCUUGCUUCAGAUCCAAGCGCAGGCUGUAGAACGUGGUGAACCUAAGCUGUACGAUGGCAUGAUUGAUUGUGCCAAGAAAUUAUACCGCACGGGCGGCCUGGCGAGUAUUUUCCGCGGAUGGGAAGCUACAUUGUUGCGAGAUGUGCCUGGUUCGGUGGGAUACUUUGGCGGUUUUGAAGCAGUAAAGCGAGGUCUAACGCCCAAGGGUAAGGAUCCAUCCGACCUGAAUGCUUUUCGUGUAUUUGUGGCCGGUGGCUUUGCGGGAAUCAUCAACUGGGUCAUUGCUAUUCCGCCCGAUGUGAUCAAGUCCCGCAUCCAGACCGCGCCAGAAGGCACGUACCGUGGCAUUGUGCACUGCUCCCAGGUGCUCAUGAAGCAAGAAGGACCAGGCGCACUGUUCACCGGCGUGGGGCCUGCGAUGGCACGCGCGUUUCCAGCGAACGCUGCCUGCUUUCUCGGUGUCGAGUUUUCCAAAAAGUUUCUCGGCUUCUUUGACAUCUACUAG